AGGCCUCUGUGAGAAGGCAGAUAUCAUAUAAUGGCAACUCUUCAACAUGAGGGAGCUUUGGAGUGAGGCCGGAAGCGAACUUUCAACUGCGUAACAGCUACCCGCCACGGUAUUGCCUCGAUUCAAUCUUUGAAUUUUUUUUAAAAAAAAUUUAUAACAAAAUAUUUUUAAUUUUUUAUUCUUGCCAUAUCUCUGUCUGGAGGUAAAUUUGAGGUAUGCAGACUGCAGAGGUGAACCUCGUUCGAUUAGAUUGCAAUACCAUUAUAGCACUAAAAACUUAUCAAAUUUAGAACGAUUAUCAUGUACUAAGAUGAUAAAGUCUACCCUUUUUAUUUUGCAAAUGUUGGGGUUUUGCACCCGCUAGGGUUUUGCUUCAUAAAAUGCUAAUGUGAAUUUUGAGUCCGUUGAAUGAGGGGAGGGUGUAAAGUUGAGACUUUUAGACACUGAUUAGAUGAAGAAUCGUGGGUACUCCAAGGAAUAGUGAAAAUAAUUCGGUUCCAAUUUUGUUCGUCUGAUUUGUUCAUGUCCUAUUCUGGUCAAACAUAAAAAAGAAAAAGAAGAAAAUGUUGGAAUUUCUGGAUUCUUAUGAUGAUGCAUUUGUACAUUAGGAAUACUUCAAAUGAUGGAAGGUUUGUCAACUUGCGAGGGCAAUUUUCAAAAGCUGAAUAAUGAAGUGAAAGCAGAUGGCCACGUGGAUAGGAUAAGCAAUUUACCUGACAAAAUCAUUCACCGCAUUUUAAGUUUACUUAGGACAAAAGAUGCUGUCAGAACAAGUGCAUUGUCUAGAAGAUGGCGUUCUCAGUGGAUGUCCAUCACCAAUCUUGACUUCUUAGAAUUUGCACCUAAUAUGAACCAGAAGAGGUCACUAUUCAUGGAUUUUGUGGAUAGAGUUAUUGCACUUCGUAAACCAUUGGAUCUCAAUCUUUUUGCAUUGGCAUGUAAAGUGUUUACUGAUGCUCCUCGCAUCAAUUCGUGGGUAUGUGAUGCAGUAAAGCACAAUGUUCAACACUUGUUUCUUGUACUUCAUCAGAUUCAUGAAGAGCCAUUUGAAUUGCCUCACUGCUUAUUUACAUGUGAUACACUCAGGAAGGUUGUUAUAAUGGCUGACGUUUUGCUCAAGCUUCCAUCUUCCAUUCACUUUCCAAAUUUGAAGUUUUUGACUCUUCAGUAUGUUGUAUUUCCUAGCAAUCGGUCCACUCAGCGACUAUUUUCUGGCUUGCCUGUCUUGGAGGAACUAACGUUGGAUAGAUGCAGCUGGUGGAAUGUUAAAGCUGUUACCAUAGCUCUUCCCAUGCUUAAGAAAUUGGAUAUAAAGGAAAAUGUUGCAGAUCCUGAUAAUUGUCGGUUCUUUAUUAUUGCAGAGAACCUCAAAUCAUUUUACUACAUUGGUACACUCAGAAAUGACUAUUGCAUCUAUGACUCUGUAUCCCUCGGUUGUGGAUUAAUGGGCUUGUGGGGCACAAAUGACAUUGAAGAGAAUAGCAGACAGAGAGAAGUUGCUUAUAGAGCUGAUAGGCUUCUUAGAGGGAUCUCUUCCGUGAAAGAACUAAUGCUAACACCUUAUGCAUUUGAGGUUCUCACAUAUUCUAAGGAGUUAUAUGCCUGCAUGCCUUUAUUGUACAAAUUGACUUGUCUUGGAUUUCUUCCACCGGGAACUGCGAUCAAUUUCAGAUGUGGAACUCUGGCGAAGUUCCUCCAAAAAUUACCACGUCUUGAAUUACUUGUUUUCCAAUCGGGUAUCUGUUUGUCUGGGAAUCAUGAAGAAGGAAGUUGGAUACUGGAUCCUGUCCCUUCUUGUUUCUCAACUCAUCUCAAGUUCAUUAAGGUAUGUCAAUUCUGUGGAACAGAUGGGGAACUGCAAGUAAUGAAGAGUUUGCUUAAAAAUGCUGAAGUUUUACUGCGAAUGGAUAUAAUAUGCAAUCAUGAGAAAUUUUCUGGCGGUUUAGGAAGGGAAAAGAAUGUUCUUAAACAGAUACAAAUGUUUCCUAGAACCUCCGUCUACUGCACAAUCAAUUUUUCUUGAACCAUUGUAUGGGCCUUGUGGGAAAUGAGUAUUUCGACAGAAGAUAUCUACUUUACCCUUUAUGUUAUUGUGGAUCUAAACUUUUUCUGAAAAUGAUGGAAGGAAGGGAUUGAAAGUUGCAAGUUGCAACAUGAAAGAUAACUGCAUUCCAUUACUAUGUAGUAAGUUGCUUGAUGUUUUUUUUAAAGCACUUACUUCUAUUGUAAUUUUGGACUAAUUAUAGUUUUCUAUCUAUUCAGCGUAGGCUAUUAUAGUGUAAAAAAUCCUAUAAAUAUUUAUAUGAAAAAACUCAUGCCUCGAAAUAGAUUUUUUUUCUCUUUUGG